AUGGACAAAUCUGAUUACGCAGGCUACAGCCUCUCAGGUCGAGAGCGAUCGAGAUGGCCGCCUCUCACGAGAAUGCUCAUGUCUGGAGAGAUGUCGGACGAGAAACCACGAGAGCUCUAUCUGAAGGAGAAGUUCGACAGAUGGAUGGUCAAUGAGGGUUACCGGAGAUUUUUCGUUUUUACUUUCGGAAUCUUACAUUUGAUGGUUUUUGGAUUCGGUAUGGCACAUUACGGCUUCAAGGACAGCUCGAUCGGAUCGCGACAGAUGUUUGGCAUAACAUUUCCAAUCGCCCGUUCAGCAGCUCUCACGCUACACGUCGAUGUAGCUUUUAUCUUGUUCCCUGUGUGUCGUAACUUGAUCUCCAUGGCGCGUCGAACACCCCUCAACGGCAUCAUUCCUUUCGACAAGAACAUCACUUUCCACAAGCUCGUCGGAUGGUCCCUUCUCUUCUUCUCCUGGCUACACACCAUUGCGCAUUGGAGGAAUUUGUGGCUUUUCGCUCAGAUCAACAAACUGGGAUUCGUCGGUUUCCUUAUUGCCAACCUUGCCACCGGACCUGGAUGGAGUGGUUACAUUAUGUUGAUUGCGCUGUCUGCCAUGGCCUGGACGGCUGCUGAGAAGCCACGACGAGCACAGUUCGAGCGGUUCUGGUACACCCACCACCUGUUCAUCAUCUUCUUUGUUUUCUGGUCCAUCCAUGGAGCGUUCUGUAUGAUCAAGCCCGAUUUUGCGCCUUUUUGCGACGGCAUCGGUGUCUUCUGGGAGUACUGGAUGUAUGGCGGGUUUGCGUAUCUUGCUGAGCGUACAUCACGUGAAAUCCGUGGACGCCACAAGACGUACGUCUCAAAGGUCAUCCAGCAUCCUAGCAACGUGUGCGAGAUUCAAAUAAAGAAGGAGAACACGAAAACGCAGGCCGGUCAGUACAUCUUCCUGUGCUGCCCGGAGGUUUCUAUCUGGCAAUACCACCCCUUCACGCUCACUAGCGCUCCUGAGGAGGACUACAUCUCCGUACACGUUCGUAUGGUCGGUGACUUCACGCGUGCGCUCGGAAAGGCACUCGGUUGCAAUCUCGAGAAGGGCGGUGCGAAGGGCGAAAAAGACGGAGCCACCGAGGUCGCACUUCGGCAAAUUCUUCCGCGUGUCUACAUCGACGGUCCUUUUGGUUCCGCCUCUGAGGACGUGUUCAAGUUCGAAGUCGCUGUGCUGGUCGGUGCCGGUAUCGGUGUGACACCUUUCGCUUCUAUCCUCAAGAGUAUCUGGUACCGGAUGAACUACCCUCAAGGCCGAACGCGACUACGAAAAGUCUACUUCUUCUGGAUUUGCAGAGAUUUCGGCUCAUUUGAGUGGUUCCGAUCGCUGCUCUUGGCUAUUGAGGCUCAGGAUCUUGACGACCACAUCGAGAUCCACACCUACCUAACCGCCAAGAUCAAGGCCGACGACGCAACAAACAUCAUGAUCAACGACGCAAACGCCGAACAAGAUGCCAUCACCGGGCUACGUGCACCUACAAACUUCGGUCGCCCCAACUGGGACAUGAUCUUCAAAUCCAUCCGCAAGAUACACGCGCCCGCUGAAGCCGGUGUCUUCUUCUGCGGUCCCAAAGUCCUCGGUUCGACCCUCCACAUCAAGUGCAACAUGUACUCCGAACCCGGCUUCAACUUUGUGUGGGGUAAGGAGAACUUCUAG